AUGGUCCUCCGUCUUCGUGGUUUGGGGAUCUUUGUGGAGGUAGAGCGUGGCUUUUCGGCUCCUCCUUCAGAUGUGGCACUCUGGUCUUUGCUCUGGAGGGACGUGGCUGAAGUUUCUCUCAGAUCUGAACGGCGCGGUGGUUUGGAGGCUUUGAGGACGGGCUUCCGCCGUCGAUUUGUUCAAGGAGGUGGGUUUUCAGCCGCAUUGAUCUCGUCAGGGCAGCGACGGCGUGGUCUCCGAUCUCACGGUGACGACUGUGGAUUCUCUGCUCAGUUUUGGCCUUCCGUGGCUCCUUUCAACUUCUGCCGGUUUCUUUUGCUUCUAGGGUUUGUAGAUUGGCUCAAAGCUCAGCUAGGGGACGACUCCGUUAAAGCUUAA